GUGAGGAGGGAGGAGGAGAAAGAGGUGAGGAGGGUUCUUACCGUACAGAGCUGUGCCAAAGCACUACCGGAGGGUUUGAUUUGUACCUCCUUGGGAGGAGGUGGUGGACGGUGUGUUUAAAGGAGAAUAAACUGAGAUUGAAGCCGGAGUGGGAGGGUGGGGAGAUGGGGGAACAGGAGCUCCGUCUGCUGCCGCUGCUGCUGCUGCUGUAACCCCAGAAGACAGCAUCAACGUGGGCGGAUUCAAAAGGUCCGGACCCUAAGCGAGCAUCAACAUGGAGCUGGAGAAUAUCGUGGCCAACACGGUGCUACUGAAAGCACGGGAAGGAGGCGGCGGGAACAGAAAAGGAAAAAGCAAGAAAUGGAAGCAGCUGCUGCAGUUUCCCCACAUAAGUUUGUGCGAAGAGCUGCGACAAACCACAGAAAAGGACUACAGCAGCCUCUGUGAGCGGCAGCCGAUCGGACGGUUACUGUUCAGACAGUUCUGUGAGACUCGACCCGAACUGAGGCGCUGCGUCAAGUUCCUGGAUGCUGUGGCGGAGUACGAGGUGACUCCGGAUGAGAAGAGGAAGGAGUGCGGUCAGGAACUCGUCGACAAAUACUUCAACCCAAAGUCGGAGGACCGUGUGCCUGAGGUGGAGGAGGCCAUGAUGGCUCAGUGUGGCGAGAGGCUGCAGCAGGAGGCCUGUAAAGAGCUCUUCAAGGACUGUACCAAAUUGAUCCACGAUUACCUGAGCGUGGCGCCCUUCGCGGACUACCUCGACAGCAUGUACUACAACAGGUUCCUCCAGUGGAAGUGGCUGGAGAGGCAACUGGUGACGAAAAACACAUUUCGACAGUACAGAGUUUUAGGGAAAGGAGGCUUUGGAGAGGUGUGUGCGUGUCAGGUACGGGCCACAGGGAAAAUGUACGCCUGUAAAAAACUGGAGAAGAAGAGGAUAAAGAAGAGGAAAGGAGAGUCCAUGGCGCUCAAUGAGAAACAGAUCCUGGAGAAAGUCAACAGCAGAUUUGUUGUGAGCUUAGCGUACGCCUACGAGACGAAGGACGCUCUGUGCCUCGUGUUGACCCUCAUGAACGGAGGAGACCUGAAGUUUCACAUCUAUCACAUGGGCGAGGCGGGUUUCGACGAGAAGAGAGCCAUCUUCUACUCUGCGGAGAUCUGCUGUGGGCUGGAGGACCUGCACCGAGAACGCAUCGUCUACAGAGACCUAAAGCCAGAGAACAUCCUGCUGGACGACCACGGCCACAUCAGGAUAUCAGACCUUGGUUUAGCAGUUCAUGUACCAGAGGGACAGACCAUCAAGGGACGGGUGGGAACGGUGGGAUACAUGGCUCCGGAGGUGGUGAAAAACGAGCGCUACACCUUCAGCCCCGACUGGUGGGCGUUGGGCUGCUUGCUGUACGAGAUGAUCGAGGGCCAGUCUCCCUUCCAGCAGAGGAAGAAGAAGAUCAAGAGGGAGGAAGUGGAGCGGCUGGUGAGGGACGUGGAGGAGGAAUAUUCCAGCAAGUUCUCCGAGGACGCCAAGUCCCUCUGUACAAUGCUUCUGGCCAAAGAUCCCACAGAGAGGAUGGGCUGCGAGGGAGGUGGAGCCUCUGAGGUCAAAGCCCAUACCAUCUUCCGCUCCAUCAACUUCAAACGCCUGGAGGCCGGCAUGCUGCCGGCGCCCUUCAUUCCUGAUCCGCAGGCGAUCUACUGUAAGGACGUGCUGGACAUCGAGCAGUUCUCCACAGUGAAAGGAGUGGAGCUGGAGCCAAAAGACGAGUCUUUCUACAGCAAAGUGUCCACAGGCUGCGUCUCCAUUCCCUGGCAGGAUGAGAUGAUCGAGACGGAGUGUUUCACAGAGCUGAAUGUUUUCCACCAGGACGGGACUGUCCCGCCUGACCUGGACUGGAGAGGACAGCCGUCUCCUCCGCCCAAACAGGGACUCAUGCAGCGGCUGUUCGGCAGACAGGACUGCUGUGGUAACUGCAGUGACAGUGACGAGGAGCCCACAAGGCUGUGACACACACACACUCACACACACACACACACACACACGAUCUCAUUUGUUUACAACUUUUGCACAUUUGUAUUUUUAACAUAGUACUCUCUCUAAAUGUCAGAAUGUAUAUUUUCAGCAUAGCCAUAACGUUUAAUGUUAUUUAAAAAGUUGUGAAAUAUUGGCUGUCGCCGCGUUCCAAACGAGGAGACGGGAACUUUGUAUAAAAACAACAACAAAAAAUUUGUCCAGGGAAGGCUUUGCUUUCUCAUUCAUUCAUCCACUCAACACAUGUCCAUGUAACUGAUCUGCUGCUGAACGCUGAGCAGCUCCACUGGAACAAUUGCCUGCUGUAAAAGUGCCUUGCUGGAGGGCACUGUGACAGUGAUUACUAAGGGAGGACUGAGCAUUCCUCGAACCUCUUUACUUUUUUCCCCACUUUGUCCAGGGAAUCAAACCAGUGACUUUCAGCUCGUGAACUGUGACCACUUUUCUUCUUCCGCCCUUCAUUCUGCCGACACUGCUCUUCUGACCUCUUAUUUUUCUUCUAUUUAAUUCUUUUAAAAGUGUGAUUUUUUUUUUUUUUUAAUUUUUGCUUGGACAUUAUGGGUUCGAAACGUUGAUGCUAGAGUCGUGAAGUUGUCUACAUCUGAAGAUAUUUUUAUUUUUCAAUUAUGGAUUUCUUGAGACAAUCGACUCGUUGUGUCGGUGCGGCUCCAGUUACUCUCGUCAGUUCUGUAAAGAUCCUCUUAUUUUUGAUGAAACACCAUUUCACCACAUUUUCUUUGAAGCUUUACCAGUUUUGAUCCAAAAUAAACGACUCACACAUUAUGUUAACACUGCAGAGCUUGAACCAGAAUAAAAUUCAGCAAACAUUAUGGUCACAAUUAGUUUUACAGGGGCCUUUUUUUCGACAAAAGAAAUGUAUCUGGUACUAAUUAUUGAGAAAAUAGAGUUCUAUUCUAAGACAGUUUCUUGAGUGUAGUUAGUUUUGUUCAGUUGAUAAACAGUUGUUGAAUUUCAGAUGACUUUUAUUAAAAGAACUGCUCCAUUUAAACCCUCGGAGACGUCAAUUAAUAGUUUCCUUAUUGUUAGAGACUUUAUUUGUCCUUCAUAUCAAACUGUAGGCUUGUCUGUAAAAUGUUACGUCUUUGCAUGGUCUGACAACCUGCACAACCUAUUUAACUCAAUGUUUAAGUUACAAAUGAAGUUAACAAGACUAAGAAUAUUAGAGUAUUCAGUAGCAACUUGCAUUUAUUUACGCUUACUUAUUAAACCCAAUUUGAUAAAGUCUGUAAGUGAAUCACACAGGUUUGUUUUUGUAAACUUGUCUCUCAGGGUUUCUAUAGAAUUUAUUACUUUUUCAGCAUUUCAUCACCUCUUCCUCUCUUUUUGCUUUGCUUCAUGAGCGGAUGGUGGUCGGAUGAUUUCCGGGCCGUGCAGGUUUACGUGCGUUCGCCCUGCAAGGUGGACAACUUCAUGUGAGGUCGUAAAACAAUGCCAGAGAAAAAGUCAAAGGUUUGAUACGUCCUGAUGUGUCGCAGGCUACAUCCUGAGCUGAUCACGUGAUCAAAGUCACACUGAACAACAAGACGAGAGUAACUGAAGCCGGUCUGUUCGUCACUGCAGUGAGAUGCCUCAGCUGGUACUGUUGUUGCAGUCGAUGGCCUCUGAUUUUAAGCUAUAAAAAUGAAAUACCUCUGAAUGUAGAAACGGCUGUUAUGUUAUUUCUGAUAUUUGAGAAGAUGGACGACAUAAACCAGACAUCUUGUUUUUUUGUUUUUUUUCUUGCUUUCGAAUAUGAACCACAACCAUGAAUUCCUGAAUGUCAACUUCUCUCUGCUCUCCAAAUUAAACCAAAUAGUCGAGUUUCAGCUACAUGUACCAGUGAGGUCGAGUUUUGUAUCAUAAAUGAUGGCAAGCAACAUUUUAAAGGGUGAGUUCAACCACUUUACAAGAAAACUACAUAUUUGCAGAUUUAUUUUAUUUGCUCAGUUUUUGAAAUAUAGACGAGUGUGACGAUUGUCUGUCUAUUCACCCUGGAGCUGGCUUAUGUGUAAACUUGAGGUAAAGAAGUAUCCCAGCAUGCAUUUUGUAUCAACCAAAAUGACCAAAUGAAACCAAAACUGUCUACAUGACCAGAUGCCGGUACAGUUAAAUGAGAAAAGUAUGUUUUGUUGUAACGUAAAUGAGCUUAUCCUUUAAUAAAGCCUGGCUACAACUGAUGAUUAUUUUCAUUAACAGAAUUAUUAUUUCUCAAUCAACUAAUUGUUGUGUCAUCCUCAAAUGUCUUGUUUUGUUUGACCAACGGUUCAAAACCCUAAAUGUGUGACAAAGAAAAAGAAAAGCAGGAAAUUCUUAAGUUUUAAGGAUGAAAAAAGCAAAAGUUUGCUUUAAAAAAAGAUGUUAACACGAUUAAUUGAUUAAUGAACAAGUCGUUGCAGCUCUUUAGAUAAUAUAACUUACCUUUUUAGGUUUGUUUUUAAAGAUAAUCAGCUGUUUUUUUUAUUAAUUCUGAUGUCAAAAAUGGUCUUUAGAUGCAGAAAUGGAUUCAUUGUUCAAGUCUCUUUGUAUAAAUUAGUCUUUAAACCUGUCAAAAUUUGCCUCCUGAUAUCUGCUUUUUUGUUUCGGACAUAGAGCUCUGAUUCAUUGUUUUUUAUUGAAACCAAACCAGUUAUGCAGAGAAGAUCAAAGAUGAAAGUCCUCCCCAUCCAACAUGCCUUUUCUGAAGCCCGUAGUUUCCUCUUUUUAUACAUUCUGUAUGUCUCUCCAUGCGCUCGUGCAAACUUGCUGCUGCGUCAGCGUCAGUCCACUUCCUGUCUGUGGUACCUCGUGUGUUUGUCUGAGAACCUGCCACCCUGGACGCAAAGUCUCUUUGUGAGAUCGAGGACGAUGCGCCUGAAAGAGUCCCUGCACUGAAAGACUGCUGCUGGCCCCGACUCUCCAAACUCUGGAGUCUCUGAUGAGAUUCAACAAAAGACAGAGGUCAAAGAGGAACUUUGAGAGAGUCGGAAGAGCUCGCUAACAUGCCUCCAUGGACGUUUGAAUCAGGGCUCAACUGCUGUGCUGUGUGUCUCUCUGCUGUCAGAUAGUCUCUGUCCUUUGUCUUGAGGAUGCACUGUAAUCUGCCUUAAAGGAUAAUUCCACUUCAUUACAACUUGGGUCUCAUUCUUGUUUGUUGGGUCUCAUCCUUCUUAUCUGUAUAUUAACAUUAAAUUCACCGAGUUCAUUCUGGUCUAAAAUGAAGAAACACAGUGAGGACAUAUUUGGACAUUUAGGAUAUUUUGUCUGGUCCUCAUUUGGUCAAAGGGCUGCUUAUGGCUGGUCAUGAUAAGAUAACCUCGUUGUAGCCUGAUAAUCAGACUGAAUUUGGACACUGUGUCCAUGUUAGUUGAUCCAUGAUCCAUGAGUCCACGGCUAAUCUCACAUUCUGCCGCAGAAAACUGCAUCAUAAUAUUUUUGGGUGACCAGUUAUGGCUGCAUACUCAAGGACCUCUCGUGGUUGCGGUGAAUCACACUUUCUCAAAACACCUUUUAUUGCCUGUUUUAUGAUGCCAUUGACUGCCUGCUGACUCCGCACUGUGAUGGAAGAUUUCUAUGAUUAAUCGGGAGAAGGGUGGAAGUUUUCAAUCUGGAUCAAUAAACAGUCUCGAAAGAA